AAGCAGUCCAAACCGCUAAGGAGGAUGGACCUAUUAAGAAACAAAACCAAACAAAACAAAAGGCUAAAACCCUAAAUGCACGUCUUGUCUCUCUGUUUCACAUAGCGAAUUUGGCGGCCCCUGAAACCACCAUCUCUCAGGCUAUUGGUGAUUUCAUAGUGUCAGUAUGUCAGCUUUUGCCAAACCAGAGAAUGCUUUAAAGCGAGCUGAAGAGCUGAUAAAUGUUGGUCAGAAGCAAGAUGCCUUGCAAGCUCUUCACGAUAUUAUAACAUCUAGGAGACAUCGAGCAUGGCAAAAGACACUUGAAAGGAUUAUGUUCAAGUAUGUAGAGCUUUGUGUUGACAUGCGGAGGGGUAGGUUUGCAAAGGAUGGUCUGAUUCAAUACCGCAUUGUCUGUCAGCAAGUGAACGUUACUUCUUUGGAGGAGGUGAUUAAGCACUUUAUGCAUCUGUCCACUGAGAAAGCUGAGCUAGCUUGUAAUCAGGCACAAGCACUGGAAGAAGCUCUUGAUGUUGAUGACCUGGAAGCGGAUAAAAGGCCGGAAGAUCUAAUGCUAAGUUAUGUAAGUGGAGAGAAGGGGAAGGAUAGGUCUGAUCGUGAACUUGUUACCCCUUGGUUCAAGUUCUUGUGGGAGACUUAUAGAACGGUGCUCGAAAUCUUACGUAACAAUUCAAAGUUAGAGGCACUUUAUGCGAUGACAGCACACAGGGCCUUCCAGUUCUGCAAGCAAUACAAACGAACUACGGAGUUUCGUAGGUUGUGUGAAAUUAUCCGGAAUCAUCUUAGUAAUCUUAACAAAUAUAGAGACCAAAGGGAUCGACCUGACCUCUCUGCACCUGAGAGCUUGCAGCUGUAUCUUGAUACAAGAUUUGAACAGCUGAAGAUUGCUACUGAACUUGAACUCUGGCAGGAAGCUUUCCGUUCUGUUGAAGACAUUCAUGGAUUAAUGUGCAUGGUUAAGAAAACCCCCAAGCCAUCCUUGAUGGUGGUUUAUUAUGCCAAGCUAACUGAGAUCUUCCGCACCUCAGACAGCCACCUUUAUCAUGCUUAUGCAUGGUUCAAGCUUUUCACCCUUCAGAAAAGCUUUAAUAAGAAUUUAAGCCAGAAGGAUUUGCAAUUCAUAGCAUCAUCUGUUGUACUGGCUGCACUUUCAGUGCCCCCCUACAAGCAUAAGCGUAGUGCAUCACAUUUGCAACUUGAAAAUGAGAAAGAGCGCAACUUGAGAAUGGCUAAUCUUAUAAGAUUCAAUCUUGACCAUAAACUCGACAAUGGAGAAGUGCUUUCACGGUCGAACCUUCUCUCGGAAUUGCUUUUGAAAGGUGUAUUGAGCUGUGCAACACAGGAAGUAAAAGAUCUUUACCACCUCCUAGAGCAUGAUUUUCUUCCUAUGGAUCUUGCAUCAAAGAUACAGCCCUUCUUGACCAAAAUUUCUAACCUUGGGGGUAAGCUUUCUUCAGCUCCCUCUCUUCCUGAAGUCCAACUGUCAAAAUACGUUCCUGCCCUGGAAAAGCUUGCUACCCUCAGGUUGCUUCAGCAGGUGUCUCAGGUGUAUCAGACACUGAAAAUUGAGAGUUUAUCUCAGAUGAUCCCCUUUUUUGAAUUUCCUGUGAUUGAGAGGAUUUCUGCAGAUGCUGUUAAAUAUAAUUUCAUAGCUAUGAAAGUUGACCAUAUGAAGGGUGUUGUAUUGUUUGGUAAUUCGGGCCUUGACUCUGAAGGCUUCCAGGAUCACUUGGUUAUCCUUGCUGAAUCCUUAAAUAAAGCAAGAGCCAAGAUUCAUCCACCUGCAAAGAAAGCAACAAAACUAGGAGAAAUGUUGCCCGGUUUGGCGGAUCUUGUGGAGAAGGAGCACAAGAGACUUCUUGCUCGAAAAUCAAUCAUUGAGAACAGGAAGGAAGCACAAGAACUCCUGCUUUUGGAAAUGGAACGUAAUGCAGAGAUGAGAAGGAAAAAACAACAGCAGAUUGCUGAAGAGGAAGAGAAACGGAGGCUUGCAUCUGAGAUUGAGAAGAGGAAGAAUCAAAUGAUCCUUGAUGAAAUACACGACAAGGAGAUUGCACAAGCAAAAGCUCUACUUGAGGAUGUUGGAAAGCACCGCAAGAAGAAGUUAAGGAAGUCAGUUUUAGAUGGAGAAAAUGUGACGAAACAAACUAUAAUGGAGAUGGCCCUGAGUGAGCAGCUGAGGGAGAGACAGGAAAUGGAGAAGAAACUACAAAAACUAGCUAAGACAAUGGAUUAUUUAGAAAGAGCAAAAAGAGAAGAGGCGGCUCCCUUGAUUGAAGCUGCAUUUGAACAUCUUUUAGUUGAAGAGAAGGUGCUUCAUGAACGUGAGCAGCAGCUAGAAGUUGAGCUAAGCAGACAGCGGCAUGAUGGGGACCUCAGGGAGAAGAAUAGAUUGUCACGGAUGUUGGACAAUAAGAUAAUAUUCCAGGAAAGAGUGACAAGCCUUAGGCAAGUGGAGUAUGACAGACGUCGAGUGGAGAGAGAAGACCAAAUUCAGCAAAUGCGUCAUACUCGGAAACGGGAGAGGGAAGCUAUGAGAAAGACAAUGUUUUUUGUGCAGAAUGAAGAGGAGAAACAGAGGAAGAUGGAGGAGGAGGAGGAAGCUCGCAAGCGGGAAGAGGCUGAGAGGCAAAGGAAGAUAGACGAGGAACGCAGGGCAAAAUUGGAUGAGAUUGCUGAGAAGCAGAGGCAAAGAGAGCGAGAAUUAGAAGAAAAAGAACGGAAGAGGAGAGAAUCUCUCUUGGGGAGAUCGAGUAAUGGGCUUUCUGAGCCAACUGUUGGUUCCCACCCAUUGGAACCUGGAGCUGUGGCUCCUGCUACUGCCACAACUACUGCAUCUGCUGCUGCCGCAACCACUGCUUCGGCUGCUGCUGCCACUGCUGGAAAAUACGUGCCUAAGUUCCGGCGAGAGAGAACUGAAGACUCUGGGCAGGCUCCACCUUCUGAACCAGAUCGAUGGGGUAGCAGCAGGCAGGAUGAUCCCACAUCCCAACCCAGUGAUAGGUGGCGGACGGAAGAUCGCCGGCCCUCCUUUGGUGGUGGUGGCUCGAGGUCUACUUGGUCCUCAUCCAGAAUACCUCCACGUGGUGGAUCAGGACGCUGAUUGGAGAUGAUCUUGGUUGAAUUGCAUGAACAAAAAUCCAGUUUUGAUUCUUGAAAGUUUGGCAAACCUACGAAAAUGAUCUUAAUCCGUUUCUGAGCACCUUAGAAGUCUGUAGUUAUCUCUCUUUUUUGUCCUUAAAUGGCAAAUUCAAGACGCAUGUUGUAAUCUUAAAGCUUCAUAUCAUCUGUUAUUAUUGUUAUUAUUUUCUACUUUC